AUGGUUUGGCGCUGUGUUAUUUGCUUUGUGUUUGUGGCCCUCACUCUCAAAUCUUUAUUGAGUCAUAUAAAUUCUGCACAUAGUCGUAGUCCAGAUUUUCGCGUUGUUUGUGGAAUCGAUGGAUGUUCCAAAGAGUAUCGAAUCUACAACUCACUGUGGUAUCACAUUCGAAGAAACCACCGUGAACAUCUGGAAAGUGGCGGGAGAGAGAGGACAGCAACAGCGACCUCAAGCCGGGAAGCCUCAUCAGCGGUGAACAGAAACGUGUGGGGAUACAGGCCAGCAACGGCGGAAAACAGAGAGCAUCAAACGGGUGAAGCAGUGAUGGAAAACGGAGUACAAGCUGAAGAUGUAUUGAUUGAGGAAAACAGAGUGCAGCCCUGUCCAUACUCUGUGUCUCCACAACAUUUUGGAGCAUUUGACAGUACGGCGUCCUUGUACUCUGGCUUUGACGAUGACACCUUUAUCUCCCCAAGUCAUCCUGCUUUGUCCCAGACUGUUGAUAGUACCUCAAAUACAACUUUGAAUAUUGCGGAUGUUCCAUGUCCUGCUGCAGUUGACUCUUCUGCAUCAUGUCAAUCAAAGCGAGGUGUGAAUGACGUUUUGGCAGGAAUGCAGCAAUACCAAGCUCUGUUGGUGACUAAUCUAAGGAGCCAGCUACAAACUGUAUUCCAGCAACAUCAAGGAAGUGAACUUGAAAAGGAAGCGAUGGCGGUAUUUGACCAGAUUGAGGAUCCAUUUGCUUCUGUUGCGACAACAUACAGGCAGGACAAUGUGAUUAAGGAAAAUUUCAAUUUUGUGGAGUCAGAGGAGGUUUCUGUGGGGUAUACUGCCUGCUUGAAGAAAAAAGGGGCAACAAGGGUCCUCUCUACAAUACCCAAAUGUUUUCAUUAUAUACCUCUGAUCAAAAGUUUAGAACAGUUAUUGUCCCAUCCAAAGGUUUUGGAAAUGAUAGAUCAGCCGCAGAAAUACAGAAAUGGAUCAAAACUAGCUGCAAUCCGUCUACUUGCUAUUGCAAAGAAAAGCGAGCUGUCUGAAUGUGGAGUUGAUGGAAUUUUGGGCAGGUUGUAUGAGGACUUGAUAAUGUUAUAUGGUGGUGUUAAUAUUCAAACUGGGAAUGGUGAACGUGAAAUAUUUGGAGCAUUGGUUUCGAUAUGUGGAGACACUUUAGCACAACAUGAGCUUUGUGGAUUUAAAGAGGGUGUUGGUUUUGCCUAUAGUAAGUGCCGGCAGUGUGAAUGUUCGUUUGAGGACAUGCAAAUGUAUUUUGACGAGGACAACUUUGAGCUCAGGACACUAGAAAGACAUGUCCGGCAGUGUGGUGACAUUGAGAAGGCAAAUACUGAGUAUCUUAGAAACAGUUUAAAAACUACAUUUGGCAUCAACAGAAGGAGCAAGCUGGUAGAAUUCCCGGCCUUUAACUUGAUCCAACAAACACCCCAGGAUAUGAUGCAUGUAAUUCUUGAAGGCAUUGCUCCAUUAGAAAUAAAGUGUGUGAUAAAACACUUAGUUCUUUUAGGUCAACUAGACUUGGAUGUCCUCAAUACUGCAUUAGCUGGAUUUCCCUACUCUCCACUUGAUGUCAGAGACAGACCAAGCCCUAUAGCUUACAGCACAUUAGCUUCAAGUGAUAAUAAGUUGAAGCAGUCCUCAGGCCAAAUGAUUGUUCUACUAAAAAUAUUGCCAUUCCUUAUUGAUUCAGUUAAAGAUAAUGAAUACUACAAAAUAAUUCUUGAACUCAUAGAAAUUGUUAAAAUUUUGUUUGCUCCUGUCAUUGGUCUACAGACACUUAGCAAGUUGAAAACACUAAUUGAACAGCAUUUAAAACAUAUGAAAAAUCUUUUCCCUGAUAACAACAUUACCCCAAAACAGCAUUAUUUGAUUCAUGCUCCAUCGCAAAUAAAGUUGCUGGGGCCAAUGGUCCGUCACAUGUGCAUGAGAUUCGAAUCAAAACAUUGUUUUUUUAAACAGUGGGCCUCAAAACUAAAUUUUAGAAAUGUUUGCAAGUCUUUAAUAAGGCAUAAUCAAAUGUAUGAAUGUUGUCAAAAUGUAAGUCAUUCUAAACACCCAAUUUUUUUUAAUGAGUGUGCAUUGGGACCAACAUCAGAAAUACGCAACAUGUCAUAUUUAAAAGAAAAAAUGAGGGCUUUCCUUGGAAAUGAUGACAUAAACAAUGCAGUGUCUGUUAAAUGGAUUAAUCUAAAUGGUAAUAAAUACAUACAGGAGAAGACAUUACUUCUGACUUCUGUUAAUUCCAAUGAUUUGCCUGAAUUUGGACUUGUGAGCAAUAUCUAUGUAAUUAACUCAUCAUUAUAUUGUUUUGAGUUCCAGCAGCAUAAUACUGUUUGUUAUGAUAGAAAUUACAUGGCAUAUACAAUAGAGAUUCCAAACAUGGCACAAGGAACUGAACUAAUAACUGCUGAUAGUCUGGUAGAUUUCACUCCAUAUUACAGUUAUACUCACAAGGAUGUGACAUAUGUUCCUACGAAAUAUUAUCUUGUAGAUGUGCUUGGGCUACACAGAGCCUUGUCUGAUGAACUGUAA